AUGAAUGAACCGGCAAUGAUAUCCUUCUUCAGCGUCGCAGGGGUGAUCCUGCUUUUCGCCGGGGUCGCAAUUUGGAGGACACGGCGCACAAGUCGGAUGCACAUCAAAGCCAACGACACGGAGAGCGAGAACGGCGGCGAUCCGAGGCACGGCAAUCAAGGCCCAAGCAUCCGUGUGGGCGACGCUGCAGAUGUGAACGGGCAAGCAGACAGCCAAGGCGGAAAUUGGAGGUGGAAAAAGAUCAUUGACACAGGCAGCUGGGCCAAGGUGCCAAACGGUGUUGCAGAUCAAGAAGAGAUGCGUGCAAUAGAACGACGACAUGAAAAGCCCAGCCAAGUACUCAUUCCUGCGCCCACUGCUGGUGUCAAGGCUGAGACAAGCCACCAGAGUGGUGUCGAGAAAAGACCAAGACCCCAAGAUGUACCGUCAUUUGAGAACCUUGGUGGGUAUCGAUUUGGCGGUUUCACAUACGGGCAUGACAAUAUGGCGGCGCUUCCGGUGCCGGCGUCAAUCGAAGACCACAACCCGUGUCGCCAUUCACCUGGCAUUGCCGAAGUCGAAGCCGUUCCAGCAUCCUCUUAUCCUCCUGCUCGGACCGCCGACAGAGCCUCGGUGGAGUCGGGACAUGGGGCUCGACUGACAUCGUACAAUGGGCUUCCACCAAUGCACCUGCACCGUGAUGAUAUGAUGGCAGCACUCCCGAUCCCGAAAGACCAUCCGCUUUACCAACAUCAUCCCGUCGUUCACUGCUCAGCACCGGCUGAACAGGAUCCAGAUCGCAGAACCCCAUUCGAAUACGAGCGCGACAGUCUUGUCCCUGCACCUCUGAAUCCGCGUCGGGGAAAGCACAAUCCCGACGUCGACCAGAACCGCGAGCCGGUUUCGACCACCGAACCAACACCGGCAGCUGUCCUCACAUGGGAGAGACCUUGGAGUGCUCAUUCUCGGCCAGCUUCAGCCUCCAGAUCGACGUCACGGGAAAGGUCCGAGACAAGAUACAGCUCUUUUGAGAGCCCGCUCCGGCAGCAUCCACCAGAGCUGAGCGUGGGAUCACGAGUUGAAUUCCGAAAUGAGUGGCCUUUGACAACAGAAACGAAGCUGCCAGUUGAACGUUAUUCAAUCCAAUCACCAAAACAGCCUGCAAGUGUUUCUGAUGAUCGUCACCAAUCCUACCAACGCCAUCGCCAGUACAGCUCGUGCGAUGCAGCCUGGACGACAGUCCCUUUGACGCCUUCCUCACGCUCAUCCGGUAAGCCAUCGAGAUGGAGUUGGACGGCCGAGGAUUUCAAGGUGAUGGGAAUUAGGGCGGACAAUAUCGUUUGA